AUGUUUGCCAAUACAAAAAGGUAUAUCCUUUCAGUGGAGGUUCUCCGCUGAUCCAGCCGUCAUCUUACGACUUUCACUUCAGCUGGAAUCAAGUUCCUUAUGCUGUUGUCUGUGCUUUCCCAUAUAUCCUUGCCUUCACUGCUGAUUCCAUUGAGAUCCGAUUAGUGGUGAAUGGGAACUUAGUCCACACAGCAGUUGUGCCUGAGCUUCAACUUGUAGCAUCAAGGUCAGAUAUUUAUUUUAAAGCUACUGCUGCAGUAAGUGGAUCAUCUGACAGCAGCUCUAAAGAAAUGAGUUCCAGGAGUUCUCAAACACCGAUGGUUUAUGAAAAGCCAGAAUGUCCUCUUUCUUCUCUAGAAGGUGAAGUUCCAUGCAAAAACCUGUACAAAAUUCCUCUCAGCAGUCUGGUUGGGCGAAGCAUUGAACGACCUCUGAAGUCACCUUUGGCUCCCAAGGUCGUCAGUACUACAACAUCCAGUGGCAUUGCCUCUCUUCCAGUUACACACUCACUAUCCUUAUCUCGUAUGGAAAUUAAAGAAAUUGCAAGCAGAACACGCAAAGAAUUGCUGGGCCUCUUGGAUGAGCCUAUACCCAAGACAGAAAGUGCACAGAAGCAAAAAAAGGUUCCUCGAAGACAGUCAGAUCCCAAACAGGGAGCAGUAAGAUCAACAAGUAGUGACAGGAUAAUCUCAAGCUCUUUUGAAAGCUAUUCUGAAAGACGUCAUCUUUCCACUAGUUCAGAUCCUGAUACUUUACCAAACAGGGAAGAGAGCUCACCAUCUAGCUGUCCAUUUCAGCUGAUUUCUUUGUAUGAUGAAGACAUCAUUGACUUGAAAUGAAGACAGUCAUAAAACCUAUCUUCCUUACACAUUUUCUUACAAUUCUGUGAGCUCUGUGGGAAUGUCACAAACCCAGCUUCUGGUGGUAAAAUGUGGCUGAAAGUAUUGGUGAUAAACCUUUAUAAAACCCAUGUUGUUCUGGCUAGCACAGCCUGAUUUGGUGAUGCUUAUAUCUUUGACAUAGGUAUGUUUUCUCCAUUAAUGAACCAUUACUUUUCGUGGCAUUCUAACAGUAGGUAAUCAGUGAGAGAUUUAGGCUGAAACUGAAGUAAACAAAAAGUAUUGUCCUGAGCUUCUUAUAGUU